AUGGCAGUCGCAAAAGAGUCAGUGACAUUAGAGUUUCUCUUGGAAUGGGAACCUGAUAGUUCGGAAGACGAAGAGAUUUUAGAGAGAGCGAAAAGGUUGGCAGAAUUGUAUUUACCUGAUGGAUGGCGCCAGUGGAAAGUCGUUACUCAUUCUAGAGCGGAGCUAUUGGGUGAAGUUUUUGAUUCCCAGAUCUUAAACAAAAUUAGAUUCAGUCUGCCUACGGUGGAGCUUGCUAGAGCUUUUUGUCCAGAUUGUACCUCACUUCCGGAAAAAGUAUAUAAAGACAUCAAAAUUAAAAUGCUUGAAUGGCCUUUUUGUGUGGAGCUUAUUAUUGGUCCACCGUCCAUCGGACGACAUUCAAACCCCGCUUACAGUAGUUUAAAGGAGCUCACAGUAGUUCUAACAUGGAAUCCUGGAAGACUAAUUCUAAGAGAGCCCCAAAGCGAAGUUUUAAUGCUUGCCCCAAGGAUAAACCCUCAUUCUACAACGAGUCAAGUUCUAAAAAACCAAGAUAAUCCUGACUUGCAGGAUUUUAAAGGGCAAAUUCGUGAGCGUCUGGCAAAAAAUGGGGGCACCUCCAGGGAUUCUGAAAAUAUUAGAGGGAUAUUCUAUCCCCUUCGUGAUAAAACCUCCUUUUACCCCUCUGACAGGAGUUUGCCUAGAGCAGUUUGA